GUCAUUCAAAUUUGAUACCAACAAGAUGAGGACGUCACAUCUUUACGUUUUGUUAAUAUCGGCAUUGGUAGUUCAGAUUUCCUCUGAAACUGCUGAUCUAGAAAAAAUAUUAAACCGUAUUCUAUCAUCUUCGUUUGACCUUGCAGCAAAACCCAUCACCGAUUUAAUAAAUGAAGUACCAAUGAAACCAGAUGCAGAAAAAUUCUUGAACGAAUUCACAUGGAAAUUAAAGCGGUUUAUGGAACAAACCCAAGAGGAGUUAUUUAAUAUGAUACCAAAAACCGAGAGAGAAAAUACAAAAAAAGCGAUUGGAUACUUGUCAAUGUAUAUGUCGGGAGCAUUUUCAGCAGCACAGAAAAAAGUAACAAAUGUAUCGAACAAAUCUUUUGAUGCAUUACCGGAUAAUAUUAAAACCAAAUUACUUGACAUAGGAAAUGAUAUUGAUGACUUCUUAAAAAGAAUAAGGGGUUUUAAUGAUUUUAAUGAUCCAAAAACAUCACAAAAAACAUCCAAAUAAUAAUGAAUAUUAUUUUAAUAUUAUUUUAGGUACCCAAUAAAAAAUAAAUUAAUACCUAAUUUAUACGAUAAAUAACAAUCCAAUAUUUCAAUGUUAACUUUUAAAUAAUAUUGGUAGGAAUGACAAAUGAUCUAUAGACUAUAACCAUCAUUAUAUGUAGGAAACACGAAAAUUGUAAUUAUUGAUUUGUAUUUAAAUUAUACACACUAACUUUAUUUGUAAAGCUAAUGUUAUAAAACUUCGGUUAGAACACUUAAUAGUAACAAAUUUAUUGAUUGUAUACAUAAAGCUUACAUUAUAUUACACCUAACAUUUAAUGUAAUUACAAAUUGUAGCUUAUAAGUACCUAUAUUAUUGUUUUGUUUGUUUAAUUAUAUACAUUUACGUGAAAAUAAGAAUUAUGCAAUGAAUAAUAUCUACUAUUUUAUAAUUGUUAGUAUUUGUAUUAGAACAAUGUAGUUUGUGUUGGAAAAAGAAAAAUAUUUAGUAUUACUAUUUACUGCAUGCACAUUAUCUUCAGAAACUUUAUCUAUAUAGUUUUAUUUUGAUUAUACAGAUUAAACAGUUAAGCGUCAAAGUAUGUCUAGAUUAUCAUUAUUUUUUAAUUAAAACUACAAAUUAUAUUUAUAUUUGGUUCAAAUAUUGAAUGAGACAAUUAUAUGUUAAAUACAUAAUGUUACAAUAUGUUAAAUAUAAAUUAUUUAUUAAUGCCUUUUUUCAAAAAUGUACCUACCUAUUGGACAUAAAUAUUAAAUAGUUUGUAAAAUUAAAAA